AUGGUUAUCACUACUACUACUACUACUACUACUACUACUACUACUACUACUACUACUACUACUACUACUACUACUACUACUACUACUACUACUACUACUACUACUACUACCACUACUACUACUACUACUACUACUACUACUACUACUACUACUACUACUACUACUACUACUACUACUACUACUACUACUACCAUACUAUGCCC